AGAACAAAUAUGACUAUUAAAUAGCCUUACAUCAAAACAGGAAGGGAAAUAACAACCCACGGCUUUACAACCCUAGAAUCGUGGUGGAUGACUAAGUCCAAAACAAAUAAACUUGUCCCUUAAGCAUAGGGAUUAUUAUGCACGCCUUCAAACCUAAAAACAAAGAACCCUAACCCUAUCAGCUAGGAGAUCCUAACAACUUUAACAAAUUAGUGUAUUUAUUUUUAGUUUGCGUUAAUCUAGAACUAGAAAAAAAACAUGAAAUCCAUGCUCUUCAACUCGCACAAACUGUCUUACAACAACUCUUUGAUUUGUGAGCAACUCAACUCAUUGACUUAGAGAUGCUGAAGGUGAUGCGGGCAACGAUUGCUGCUUCUUCUUCUUCGAAGGCUGGUUAUGGAAGCAGCAGCACCAGAGGUAUGCUGCCUUGCCUUCUUCAAUCUUCUCCUGUUGCUGUUUUCUUCAACAAUUACUGGGCUUUGUUUCACUCUCGACCUUCUAAAUCGACCGAAUCUAGAAACACUCAACAACACCAGCUUGUGAAAAUCAGUAAUGUUUAGGAUCCUCUCAAUGUGUUCGACGAAAUGCUUCAAAGGCGUCCUCUGCCUUCCGUUGUCUCUUUCAACCAAAUCUUGACUCAACUUGCCAAGUUGAAACAUUAUUCGGCAGUCAUCUCCAUGAAUAACCAAAUGGUUUUGUUCGGAAUUCGUCCAGAUGUUUAUACUCUAGCCAUUAUCAUUAAUUGCUUUUGUAAUCUCAACCAAGUGGAGUUUAGUUUGUCAAUUUUGGGUAACUUCUUCAAAUUAGGUUUUGAGCCAGAUGUCACGACCUACACCACUCUUAUCAACGGCUUUCUUCUUAAGAAUAGAGAGGCCGAGGCAGUAGCACUUUUCAACAAAAUGAUGGAGAGAGGUAAUUGCAAGCCUGAUGUGGUUACCUUCGGCACAAUAGUAAAGGGCCUUUGCUUGAAAGGUAACAACAAUACAGCAAUCCAAUUGCUUAAGAAGAUGGAAGAAAAUGCUUGCAUGCCUAACGUAAUUGUCUACAACACGAUCAUCGACAGUCUUUGCAAAGAUGCUUUAGUUGUUGAUGCACUGAACCUCUUUUUAGAAAUGAUGAGUAAGGGCAUUGCUCCCAACGUCAUUACCUAUACCUCUUUGAUUCACGGAGUUUGCAAAGUAGGGAAGUGGAAAGAAGCUACAAGGUUGUUGAAUGAAAUGGUGGAGAAACAUAUCUUUCCAAAUGUGCACACCUUCAAUAUCUUGGUUGAUACAUUCUGCAAAGAGGGCAUAGUCCAGGAAGCAAGGAGCGUGGUUGAGAUGAUGAUUCAAAGAGAUAUCAAACCUAGUACAAUCACGUACUAUUCGCUUAUGGAUGGGUAUUGUUUGCGAGGAGAAAUGGACGAGGCAAAAGAGGUUUUUGAAGUAAUGCUUAGCAAGGCCUUUGUGGUUGAUGCUCGUGGUUAUAAUAUAAUGAUAAACGGCUAUUGUAAGUGUAAACGAAUAGAUGAUGCCCAUAAGCUUUUUUUGGAAAUGUCUCAUAAGGGAGGUGUUCCAAAUACUAUUACUUAUAACACUCUUAUGGAUGGGUUUUGCAAGAUGGGGAGAACACAAGAUGCACUGAACUUGUUCUCUCAAAUGCAAGCUUGUGGCCAACUUCCAAACAUUCAAACUUAUUCUAUUUUAUUGCAUGGCAUGUGUGCAAACCAACAAUUUCCCAAGGCAGUUGAAUUGUUGGAAGAGAUGGAGGGAAAGAUGUUGGAUUUUGGUAUUGUAACUUAUAAUAUUCUUAUUGACGGUUUGUGCAGAGCUGAAAAAGUUGAAUAUGCAUGGGAUCUCUUUCGUUGUUUAUCAUCAAAAGGAAUUCAACCUAAUGUCAAGACAUAUACUAUAAUGAUUCGUGGAUUAUGUAAUGGGGGGCAAAUAUGUGAAGCGGAAAACUUGCUUAGAGAAAUGGAAGAGAAAGGCUGUUUUCCAGAUGGUUGGACGUACAACACAAUUAUCCGAGGGUUUAUCAAUAACAACGAGACAUCAACGGGAGUGAGGCUUAUUCAAGAAAUGGUGGAGAGGGGUUUUUCUGCAGAUGCAUCAACUACGGAGUUGAUUGUUAAUUUAUUGUCUAAAGAUAGGGUAGACGCCACUUUGUUGGCAUUUAUAGAAAGAUUGUCAGUCUUGGGUAACUUCUUCAAAUUAGGUUUUGAUGUCACAACCUACACCACUCUAAUCAACGGUUUUCUACUUAAGAAUAGAGAGGCCGAGGCAGCAGCAAUUUUCAACAAAAUGAUGGAGAAAGGUAAUUGCAAGCCUGAUGUGGUCACUUUCGGCACACUAGUAAAGGGCCUCUGCUUGAAAGGUACCAACACUGCAGCAAUCCAAUUGCUUAAGAAGAUGGAAGGAGCUUGCAAGCCUGACGUCGUUGUCUAUAGCACAAUCAUUGACAGUUUUUGUAAGGAUACUCUAGUUGUUGAUGCACCAAACCUCUUCUCAGAAAUGACGAGUAAGGGCAUUGCUCCCGACAUCAUUACCUAUACCUCUUUUAUUCAUGGAUUUUGCAAAGUAGAGAAUUGGAAAGAAGCUAAAAGAUUGUUUAAUGAAAUGGUGGAGAACCAAAUCAUUAACUAUACCUCGGAUGAUUUUCUGGAAAUGUCUCAUGAGGGAGUCGUUCCAAAUAUGGUUACUUAUAGUACUCUUAUUGAUGGGUUUUGCAAGAUGGGGAGAACGCAAGAUGCACUGAACUUGUUCUCUCAAAUGCAAGCUUGUGGCCAACUUCCAAACAUUCAAACUUAUUCUAUUUUAUUGCAUGGAUUGUGAGAUCCCACAUCAACCAACGAAGAAGGGGUGAUGUGUGUGGA